AGCAACUUAAGCUUACGAGAAAUCCUACGUUAGGGCUUGCGCUUUUUAUUUAGUUGCCAUCAGAAUAUCCCAUAUCUUCCGUUGUUUUGCUUCUGCAACUCCCAAAAUCGAAAAUUGAUCGAAUUUGUUUGACUAUACGUUCGAGUAUAGGCAUGUUGACAUGGUGCUUCAUUUUACCAAGUACAUUCUAUUUCACAACCACUUUUUCAGAAAGGUUUCUCCUUUGCAUGAAGUUUUUAGAGGCUAUGUCUGCUAUGAGCAGUUGUUCAAUCCGUUUCUGCAAAAGUUUUCCACUUCUGGUCACUGUGAAAGAUUAUCAUGGGAACGUUCCACCCAAGAAAUUCUAUUGAGGAAGCUUCAAUUUGCUUUGAGGAAUCAUCAAGUGCAUGAAGCAUUGGAAUCAUUUAAGGAUUUUAGAAGGCUUUAUGGUUACCCUGAGGUUCACCUGGUGAACCAGCUCAUUGUUCAGUUGUCCUAUUCUUCCAAUCAUGUUUUGAUGCGAAAAGCUUGUGAUUUGGUGUUGCAGAUUGUUCAGGAGAAAUCAGGUUUACUUCAUGCUGAUACCUUAACCAUACUUGGACUAUCUCUAGCUAGGUUGCAAAUGGUAUACCCUACUUCUGUGAUACUUAGAUUGAUGCUGGACAAAGGGUGUGUGCCCCCUAUGCAUCUAUUGUCCCUGGUUGUUUUUCAUAUUGUGAAGACAGAAAUUGGAGCUCAUCUUGCAUCUAAUUAUCUGUUUCAAGUUUGUGAUUUUUAUAAUUGUUUGAAUGAUAAAAAGGGUCAACAAGCAGUCAUGGUCAGGUCGGAUACCUUGAUCUUUAACCUUGUUCUUGAUGCUUGUGUGCGGUUUAAAUUGUCUUUGAAAGGCCUUUGCCUAAUUGAAUUAAUGUCGCUGACAGGGACCAUGGCUGAUGCACACUCAAUUGUCCUAAUUUCACGGAUUCUAGAGAUGAAUGGUUUGAGAGAUGAAAUUAUGGAAUUGAAAGAUCAUAUUGACGGAGUUUCAGCUGCUUAUGUUCGUCACUACUGCCAGUUCUAUGAUAGUUUGUUGAGCUUGCACUUCAAAGUUAAUGACAUUGAUGCUGCUGCUAAGCUUGUUGUGGAUAUGACUAGCUCACAUAAUUGUCAUGUUGAUAAAGAAUAUAGGAAACACUUGCCAAAGCCUUGCUUUAUUGCCAUUGGAUCUCCUAAUUUUAGGGCUGCUUUAAAGAUACAUAUUGAGCCUGAGCUACUGCAUAAGGAUUCGGUCCUUAAAGUGGAAAGCAGACAAGAUCUUAUUUUUUAUAAGGGUGGGAAACUAGUUCUUAGUAACAGAGCUCUGGCUAAGUUCAUCUAUGGUUACAAGAAAGAUGGAAGGAUUAGUGAACUUUCAAAACUUUUAAUUAGUAUUCAAGAGGAACUAUAUUCAGUGGCAGGUUCAAGUUUGUGCUCUGCGGUGAUUGGUGCUUGUAUUCAUUUAGGAUGGCUUGAGUGUGCUCAUGACAUUUUGGAUGAUGUAGAGGCUACUGGGUCUCCAACUGGCUGGGAUACAUACAUGUUACUCUUGUCAGCAUAUCAGAAGGGGGGAAAGCAAAGAGAAGCAAAAGCACUGCUGAAACAAGUGAAAAAGAUUGGUUUGGACAGAGAAUUAUCAGAUGAUGCUAUUGACAAACACAACCUCUGUAAAGAAACAUCAAAUUCACUUGUUAAAUCAGAUUUGGCUAUCACCUUGGCUCAAAUCUUUAAAGAUGAAGAGCAGACAGUUUUUCCUUUGGUGUAUAACUUCAAUUCUUCCAUUUUCUUUUUUUGCAAGGCUAGAAUGAUAGAGGAUGCACUAAAGGCAUAUAGAAGAAUGGUUGACAAGAAAAUUCAACCUACGAAACAAACUUUUGCCUUUUUGCUAUGUGGAUAUUCUUCUCUUGGUAUGUAUCGCGAGAUCACAAUCUUGUGGGGUGACAUUAAGAGAUCCAUUAAGAGUGGCAAUUUAGUGGGAAAUGCAGAUCUAUAUGAGUUACUGCUGCUAAAUUUUCUUCGAGGCGGUUACUUUGAGAGAGUGAUGGAGAUCAUUGGCUAUAUGAGAGACCAUAACAUGUAUACUGACAAGUGGAUGUACAAAAGUGAGUUCCUUAGACAUCAUAAGAAUCUUUAUAGGACUUUAAAAGCAUCAAAUACAAUAACAGAAACACAAAGGAAACGGCUGGAGCAUGUUCAGGAAUUUAGGAAAUUGGUGGGUAUUGAUUAAAGGUCUCUGGGAAAUAUAUUCAUGCGCUGUUGUACCUCCACGUUUUCCAGCAAUGUUAUGUCUACUUAAGCUUAUUUGAAGUUAAUUCAAUUUUGGUUGCGGCUCAAAUUUAUCGAUGCUGGAAUUAAGGGGAAAAUUUGGUUUCAGUAAUGACAAAUCCUACCAUGAUCUUAAGGAUAAAUUUUCUCAUAUUGAUGGUGUAACUCCUAAUUUGAAGUGGAUAUAUUGUUUGAUUUAUCAUCACACGACUAUAUGUUCUGCCAAGUGGUGGAUACUACUCAUUGAUGAUGUGCUGCUUUAAGUGGAAUGAUGACAUGCUGGUGCUACUUGUUUUAGAAGUUGCGGAUAGAAACAAUUGUACUUAUUUGCUUGGUUGUUGGAGGAUAUUUGACAAAAGGGCUUUUUCCCUUCACUUGUUUAUGGCUGAUGAUGCUUGAACAGCUACUAACGUUAUACCAUUUUUUAAUUGACUGGAAGUUGAAAGGAUAUAUAGCUAUCCCCAUUAAACCAUUAUUAUAUGCAACUGAUUAUACAACUAAUCAUAUGGUGUGCAAGGGGAGGAAUCAUAUAUAUAUAUUGAUUUUGCUGUUGUAUUGUUCCUUUACUAGCUCAGAAUACUUUUUAUUUAACUGAAUUGUCAAGGUGCGUGGUGACUAAUCUUUGUUUUGGUU